AAGGGCUCUCCCGGAGAAGGCUGGAAAUGGGGGGGCUGCAGCGAGGACGUGGAGUUUGGGAGCAUGGUGUCUCGGGAGUUUGCUGAUGCCCGGGAGAACAGGCCAGACGCUCGGUCAGCCAUGAACAGGCACAACAACGAAGCUGGAAGGACCUCCAUUAUUGAGCUCAUGCACCUUAAGUGCAAAUGUCAUGGCCUCUCGGGCAGCUGUGAAGUGAAGACCUGCUGGUGGUCUCAGCCGGACUUCAGGGUCAUCGGUGACUAUCUCAAGGACAAGUACGAUAGCGCUUCCGAAAUGGUAGUGGAAAAACACAGGGAAUCUCGUGGCUGGGUCGAGACCCUGAGGCCCAAAUACAACUUCUUCAAGGCUCCAACUGAGAAAGACCUGGUUUACUACGAGAAUUCACCAAACUUUUGUGAGCCCAACCCUGAGACAGGUUCUUUCGGGACCCGUGAUAGGAUCUGUAAUGUCACUUCCCAUGGGAUUGAUGGUUGCGACCUUCUGUGCUGUGGCCGCGGGCACAACACGAGGACUGAGAAACGGAAAGAGAAGUGCCACUGUAUCUUCCACUGGUGCUGCUAUGUCCGCUGCCAGGAAUGCAUACGAGUCUACGAUGUCCACACGUGCAAAUAAAGCAGGCAAAAUUCUUCCCUGGGCUCCAAGUGGAGGAACAGAUUUGAGCCUACUUCCUCUGAGGUUGCAGACAUGAGAGAAGUCCACUUUUUUGAUAUUAAAGAAUAAUAAAACAAAAAAAGGCUAAAACUGGUUGGAUAGAAUAGGUCUAAUGACUUCUGGGCUAUCCCAAGGUACAUUUGGCAGUCAUAAAGGUAUGCCCCAAUUAUGCCUCCUGUGGGAGACAGCAGUUUCUUCAACUAGCCGAUAAUAAAGAGCUAGAAAGAAGAGUAUCAGCAAGAGUAUGGAUUUGCUCUGCUCUCACCCACUUGAAGUGACUCAUGUGAUUAAGUGUCCUUUGAAAGACUUGCAUCUUCCUAAAAUCAAAUUCUCCUUUUCCCCCAGCUAGGGGGAGGUUAUGUUGGACGACAGCACUAAGUUUUCUAAGAUCUAUCUACAUACCCAAAUGGUCAGAUUCUGUGUAUACUAUGAGCAACAACAAGAACAAAAGAAAUACAAGCAGAAAAAUUAAUGA